AUGGCAGCAGCACUAUCCUCUUUUCAUCUCCACCACCACCACCACCACCUUUCCGUCUUCAGAAAGCCCUCACUCUCUCUCCUCAAAAAACCCCUCCGUGCCACACGCAUCACUUCCUCCUUGGAAUUCAACAUCACGUUCGCCCCUCCUAAACCGAAACCUAAACUCCCCGCGAACCUCAAAAGCGACGCCGCUUCCCUCUCUCUCCCUCCUGGCCAGCUCUUCAUUCCCUGGAUAGUCCGCGGCGAAGAUGGAAACCUCAAGCUCCAAUCUCACCCUCCCGCGCAUCUCCUUCACGCUCUCGCCGAUGCCAAAACACAACCUAAGAAAACGAAAGAGAAGGUGAAGAAGGAUAGUGGUGGAAAUGUUAAGGCCAAGCUGGAAACCGAGCCUACGCGGUCUAAGGCCGCGCGUAGGUUCUAUAAUGAGAAUUUUAGAGACCAAGCGCAGCGGUUGAGUAAAGUCCUCGCUGCUGCUGGAGUGGCGUCGAGGAGGAGCAGUGAAGAGUUGAUUUUUGAAGGCAAAGUUACUGUUAAUGGCUCUGUAUGCAAUACUCCACAGACUCGAGUUGAUCCUGGGAGGGAUGUUAUUUAUGUUAAUGGAAAUAGGCUUCCGAGGAGACUGCCUCCGAAAGUGUAUUUUGCUCUCAAUAAGCCAAAAGGGUACAUUUGCUCGUCUGGGGAGAAACAGUCUAAGUCUGUAAUGUGCUUAUUUGAUGAUUAUUUUAAGAGUUGGGAUAAAAGAAACCCGGGACUAUCUAAGCCCCGGUUAUUUACUGUUGGAAGACUUGAUGUUGCCACAACUGGGUUAAUUAUUGUGACCAAUGAUGGAGAUUUUGCUCAAGAAAUUGCGCAUCCUUCAUCAAAUUUAUCAAAGGAAUACAUUGCAACAAUUGAUGGUGUAGUAAACAAACGACAUUUAUUCGCCAUAAGCAAAGGAACAGUCAUUGAAGGUGUCCAUUGCACCCCAGACUCUGUGGAGUUAUUACCACAACAACCAAAUACAUCAAGACCUCGUCUUCGGAUUGUGGUUCAUGAAGGGAGGAACCAUGAGGUUCGAGAACUAGUAAAAAAUGCUGGGCUUGAGAUUCAUUCAUUGAAGCGUAUCCGCAUUGGUGGUUUCAGGCUACCAUCAGACCUCGGGCUCGGGAAGCAUGUUGAACUAAAACAAACUGACCUAAAGACUCUGGGUUGGAAGUGUUGA